CUCCUUCGGCGGGUGGCGGCGGACGGGCCGCGCCCCCCGUCCGCUCCCGGCCUGCGAGGCUGCGGCUCAGGGGGGCACCGGCCGCGGGGCCUCCGGGUCCGUCGUGGGGGCGUUUCCUCGAAAGCGUGGGUCUGGCUGCCUCCGGCGCGGCCGCGGCGGCGGGUCUCCUAGGCUGCCUUCCACGACUCCUCCUUCAGACUCGAAGGCCUCACUUCUGGAAAUGUCUUUAGUGUCUGGCUUCUUAGAAGACAGCUGGCUUCUCUCGGCUUACGCGUCAGUGUUUGGGGAAGGAGACUGGCCUCACACUCAGGUAAUCCCGGAGACCUGCGUGACCCUCGGACCAGCAGAAUGGAUGACUGGCACAGGAUAUUCGCCCAAAACGUGCUCGUCCCUCCUCACCCACAGAGAGGCCGCCAGCCUUCGAAGGAGUCCACAGCAUUUCAGUGUGUCCUGAAGUGGCUUGAUGGGCCAUUAAUUAAGCAGGGAACGCUGGAGGUGCUGUCGGAGGCUGAGUGCCACCUGCGGAUGUCUCUCUUUGAUUUAACCUACCGACACUUCUUCGGGAGGACGUGGAAGACCACGGUGAAGCCGGUCAUGCAGCUCUCGAGGCAGCCACCCAGGAUUGUCUUCAACGAGCCCUUGUAUUUUCACACGUCCUUAUACCACCCUAGCAUUGUGGCUGUGGUGGAAGUGGUCACGGAGGGCCAGAGGAGGGAUGGGACCCUGCAGGCGCUGUCAUCUGGGUUUGGAAUUCUUCGGCUCUUCAGCAGCAAACCGGAGUCUCCUACCUCAGCUUCUCAGGACAAACGGUUGAGGUUGUAUCACGGCACCCCCAGAGCCCUCCUGCACCCGCUUCUCCAGGAACCCCUGGAACAAAACAGGCACCUGACCCUGGUGGAGAGCUGCAGCCUGCAGUACACGCUGCGGCCUCACCCGGCCCUGGGGCCCGCACGCCACCUUCUCCCGGAGAACCUUCUGGUGUCUGGUCUGCAGCAGAUCCCGGGCCUCCUCCCUGCGCAUGGAGAAGCGGGUGAUGUGCUUCGGAAGCCGCGCCUGCAGAAGCCUGUCACCUGCUACUUGGAUGAUUUAUUCUUCACCCUCUAUCCCUCUCUUGAGAAGUUUGAAGAAGAGCUUCUGGAGCUCCUUGUUAGCGAUUGCUUCCGGGAGGGGAGCAGCUCCUGGGACGGCCGUACCCUGGAGAUCCUGGAGCGACGUCUACGUGUGGGUGUGCACAGCGGCCUGGGCUUUGUGCAGAAGCCCCAUGUCGUGGUGCUGGUGCCCGAGGCUGAGGUGGCGCUGACACGCUCUGCCAGCUUCAGCAGGAGAGCCGGCUCCUCGCUGAAGGCCAGCUCUGGAAACCAAGCUCUGGUUUUGAGAAGCCGCCUUCGACUCCCGGAGAUGGUCAGCCACCCGGCGUUUGUGGUCGUCUUUGAGCUGGAGUAUGUGUUUAACACCCCUCCAGGACUGGACGGCAGCGCAGCGUCUGUCCCCUCUUUGUCCAGCUUGGCCUGUAUGCACCUGGUCCGCUGGGCUGCCUGGAGCCCCUCGUCGGAAGCCAGCUCUGGGAGGGUGACCUUGCCGCUGCAGGGGGGGACCCAGCCCAGCCCCUCGCACUGCCUGGUCUACAGGGUGCCCCCAGCCAGCAUGAGCUCCGAAGAGGUGAAGCAGGUGGAGUCGGGGACAGUCCAGUUCCAGUACGCGCUGGGCACGGAGGAGCACUUGGGCACACCCACUGAGAGUGUCAGCAGCACCCAGGCAGCGUGGCAGCCGUCCAGGAAAGCACCCACAUCCCCUGCAAGCUCGCCAGCACCACUGCCCCCGAGGCUCGCUGCCACCCAGGACUCGCCUGUGGGACCAGGGUUGUCCAUCUCCCAGUUGGUGGCUUCCCCACCGACUCGGGCUCGGCCUGGGUCAGCAGGACCCUCCGCACUGCAGCCCGGCGGCUCCCAGCCCUCCCCGGCCCAGGCGGAGUUCCCGCUCGAGGGCAGGGUCUCUCACCUGGAAGCCGACCUGAGCCCAACUGCCUUGGUUCUGGACGCAUCUGUGGCCGAACAGUUACAGGAGCUGCCUUUCACGCCCCUGCACGCCCCGAUUGUGGUGGGAGCCCAGACCAGGAGCUCUGGAAGCAAGCUCUCUCGGGCUGCCCUGGCGCUGCUGCAGUCCUCCGGCUUUGCUGAGGUUCUGGAUGCCAGUCAGCAGCCGGCCAAGGCCGUGGAUCCUACAGAGCCUGUGAAGUUGAGCCCUCAGAAGGAAGAAGCAGAUUGUUUACAGAGCAACGAGAUAGUGCUACAGUUCCUGGCCUUUAGCAGAGUCUCCCAGGACCACGGGGGAACGCCAUGGCCAAAGACUGUGUAUUUCACCUUCCAGUUCUACCGCUUCCCGCCAGCCACGACGCCCCGACUGCAGCUGGUGGAGCUGGACCAGACGGGGAAGGCCACCUCGGGCUCCUUGUCUCACCUCCUCGUUCCAAUUGGGAAGGAUGGCUCCUCUGAUGCUGGGUCUCCUGGCUUCCAGCUGAAGUACCUGGUGGGUCCUGAGUUCCUGAAGCCGGGGGAGCAGCGCUGGUUCAUCCGUUACCUCGCUGCGCAGAGCCUGCAGAUCGACGCCUGGGACGGAGACUCCCUGCUCCUCGUUGGUUCCACUGCGGUCACCAUGAAGCAUCUCCUCCGCCAAGGGCGGCCGGCCGUCCAGGUGUCGCACGAGCUCGAGGUCGUGGCGACGGAGUAUGAGCAGGACAUGAUGGUGGUGAGCGGCGAUCUGACCGGAUUUGGCUGUGUCAAGCCCAUCGGGGUACACACGCGAGUGAAGGGCCGGCUGCACCUGACCUUGGCCAAUGUGGGCCACGCAUGUGAGCAGAGAGCGAGGAGUUCCAGCUCACUGCCGCCGUCCAGGUCGCGGGUCAUCUCGAACGAGGCUGCCGGCAGCUUCCCAGGUGGCAGCCUCCUGGUGCGCGGAGGCCUGCGAGCUGUAAAAAAUGUGGUACAAGCCCAGAAGCUGGCCGAUGUGGACAGUGAGCUGGCCGCCAUGCUGUUCACCCACACGCAGAAGGGGUGUGGGGGUGCUCAGGGUGCUGGCCGGGAGGCGGAUGCCGUCCGCAGACGCAAGCUGGAGAGGAUGCGGUCCGUGCGCCUGCAGGAGGCCAAGGGCGAGCCCGGCCGGAGGACCAGGAUGCUGGCUCAGCAGAGCGUCCGCGCCCAGCACUCGCAGGACCUGCGCUUCGUCGACACCUACCGCGAGCGCACGAAAGCUGCGCACAUCGCCCGCGCACUGCGCCUGGCCAUCACCACCCAGCACACACUCCAUGCCUCGCUGGGCACCGCCGAGUUCUUUGAGUUUGCGCUUAAAAACCCUCACAACAAGCAGCACACCGUGACCAUCGAGAUCGACAGCCCUGAGCUGAGCGUCAUCCUGGACAGUGGAGAGUGGAGGCACUUCAAGGACGCAGCCGACCUGCACACGCCGGUGGAGGAGGACAUGUUCGACGUGCGGGGCAGCCUCGGCCCCCAGCUCUACCUGCGCCCCCGGGAGACCGCCCACAUCCCCUUCAAGUAUCAGACCUUCUCCACCAGUCCUCCGGCCUCGCAGGCCGCUGUGGAGCUGAGAGCUGAGAAGGGCAUGGGCGCCGAGUCACCCGGGAGGUCAAGCGUGCCCACUAAACGUGUGAAGGUCUUGUUCCGGGCCAGCAGCGGGCAGCCCCUGGCCGAGCUCUGCCUGAGCGUGGAGCUGCAGCCCCAUGUGGUGGACCAGGUGUUCCGUUUCUACCACCCCGAGCGCACCUUCCUGAAGAAGUCCAUUCGCCUGCCUCCCUGGCACACGCUUCCAGGUGCCCCUGUGGGAAUGCCCGGCGAGGAGCGCCCGGUCCAUGUGCGAUGCAGCGACCCAGACGUCAUCUGCGAGGCCCAGAAGGUGGGCCCAGGGGAGCCGCGGGAUGUGUUUCUGAAGGUGGCCAGCGGCCCGAGCCCCGAGAUAAAGGACUUCUUCGUCUUGGUCUACGCUGACCGCUGGCUGGCAGCCCCCAUCCAGACCUGGCGGGUCCACCUGCACGCCCUGCAGCGUGUGGACGUCUCCUGCAUCGCAGGCCAGCUCACUCGCCUGUCCCUCGUCCUGCGGGGGACCCAGACCCCGAGGAAAGUGAGAGCUUUCACCUCACACCCCCAGGAGCUGAAGACGGACCCCAAAGGUGUCUUUGUGCUCCCACCCCAUGGGGUGCAGGACCUGCACGUCGGCGUGAGACCCCGCAGGGCUGGCAGCAGGUUCAUCCACCUCAACCUCGUCGACGUGGACUUCCACCAGCUGGUGGCCUCGUGGCUGGUGGGCCUCUCGUGCCGCCAGCCGGUCAUCUCCAAGGCCUUCGAGAUCACCCUGGCCGCAGGCGAGGGGAAGGGCGCCAACAAGCGCAUCACCUACACCAACCCCUACCCCUCCCGGCGGGCGUACCACCUGCACAGCAGCCAGCCGGACCUGCUGCAGUUCAAGGAGGAUGCCUUUGAGGUCGGAGGCGGCGAGACCUACACCAUCGGCCUGCGGUUCGCAGUGAGUCAGAGAGCCCAGGAGGAGGAGAUCCUGAUCUAUAUCAAUGACCACGAGGACAAAAACGAGGAGACGUUCUGCGUGAAGGUCACCUACCAGUGAGGGAGUGGCUUCCAGCGCCGGCCCGGACGUCUCAGGCCACUUGUCCUCGUCAGCCCGCGGGGUCCUGCCCUGGGACUUUCCUUCUUUCUCGACCUUUCUCCUGUGGCGCCUCCGCGGGUUUGGCCUCGGAGACCUGCCCAGUGACCUGAGAACGCACCGGGGGCAGGAGAGGCCAGGCCUGGCCAGCCGGGAUGCCCACGUCCACUCGGGCUGCUGCAGCGCUUCUUGGGCACGUCCUGACCGCCGCGUGUCUGUGUGCUGUCCAGGAGGGGCAUCACUGUCUGUCGAGGAGUUUGACUUGCUUUCCACAGGAUGGUUUACUGAUUUUAUCAAAACACAUUUUAUGAAUCAUCUUAAUGUUAAAAAUUGUUUUUCUUACCAAAUUUUGUACAGACAUAAUAUUUUAUUUUUUCUGAAAUGCUUUAUACUGAUAUUAUCCCGUAUCAGUUUUUAAAGUUAUUGUGCAAAAUACUAAACAUUUAUGCAUUGUUUUCCGUU